GUGGGGCGCACGCGGAGGGCUGGCAGAGAUGGCGGUGGUGCGGGGCAACAAGCGGCGCCUGGCGGAGCUGACGGUGGACGAGUUCUUGGCUUCGGGCUUUGAUUCUGAGUCUGAAUCGGAGCCCGAAGGAGCCCCAGAAGCGGAGAUGUGGGCGGCGGGUGGAGCCGACCGGAGCCUGGAUGAGCCAGGGGGAAGCGCGUCGUACAGCCGGCGUAAAGGUCGUGCAUCUGAGCAUAAGGACCAGCUCUCUCGGCUGAAGGACAAAGACCCGGACUUCUACAAGUUCCUGCAGGAGAACGACCAGAGCUUGUUGGACUUCAGUGACUCGGACAGUGCUGAGGACGAAGAGGAGCAGCUCCACUCUCUGCCGGACGCGCUGGAAGAAGCAAGUGUGGAGGAGGAAGAUUCUGACGAGGAUGAGGUCCCCAGAGGACUGAAGGGGAAGAAAAGGGAUUCUGUGCCCAUGACCCUAGCCAUGGUCGAGAGGUGGAAGCAGGCAGCAAUGCAGCACCUUACUCCAAAGCUGUUCCACGAAGUUGUGCAGGCAUUCCGAGCUGCUGUGCUCACCACCCAAGGAGACCAGGAAGGUGCCGAAGCCAGCAAAUUCCAGGUCACGGACAGUGCUGUGUUCAACGCUCUGGUCACCUUCUGCGUUAGAGAUCUCUUCGGCUCUCUCCAGAAGCUGCUGUUUGGGAAACCCCCAAAGGACAAGAGCAGGGUGCUGCAGCCGUCUAGUAGCCCGCUGUGGGGCAAGCUCCGGCUGGACGUCAAGGUCUACCUGAGCUCCGUCAUACAGCUGGUGGCCUGUGUGGCGGAGGCAUCAGUGGCAGCGGCCGUGCUCCAGCACAUCAGCAGUUCUGUGCCGUACUACCUGACCUUUCCCAAGCAGUGCCGCAUGCUGCUCAAGAGGAUGGUGGUCCUGUGGAGCACAGGUGAAGAGACAGUGCGUGUGCUGGCCUUCCUGGUCCUCGUCAGGGUCUGUCGGCACAGGAAGGAUGUCUUCCUGAGUCCUGUCCUCAAGCAAAUGUACAUCACCUAUGUGAGGAACUGCAAGUUUACCUCCCCCAGCACCCUGCCCUUCAUCAACUUCAUGCAGCGGACCCUGACCGAGCUGCUCGCCCUGGACACUGGCAUCGCCUACCAGCAUGCCUUCCUCUACAUUCGCCAGCUCGCCAUCCACCUGCGCAAUGCCAUGACCACACGCAAGAAGGAGACAUACCAGUCCGUGUACAACUGGCAGUUUGUGCACUGUCUCUACCUGUGGUGUCGCGCCCUCAGCACCGUGCACCCCAGCGAAGUCCUCCAGCCCUUGAUCUACCCUCUCUCCCAAGUGGUCAUUGGCUGCAUCAAGCUGGUCCCCACCGCCCGCUUCUAUCCCCUGCGCAUGCAUUGCGUGCGUGCUCUGACGCUGCUCUCGGAGAGCACUGGCACCUUCAUCCCAGUGCUGCCCUUUGUCCUGGAGGUUUUCCAGCAGGUUGACUUCAACAGGAGGCCGGGACGCAUGAGCCCCAAGCCCAUCAACUUCACUGUGAUCCUGAAGCUGUCCAAGGUCAACCUGCAGGAGAAGGCGUACCGGGAUGGGCUGGUGGAGCAGUUGUAUGACCUUGUCCUGGAGUACCUGCACAGCCAAGCCCAUAGCAUUGCAUUCCCCGAGCUGGCGCUGCCCGCCGUCCUGCAGUUGAAAUCCUUCCUCCGGGAGUGCAAGGUGGCCAAUUACUGCCGGCAGCUGCGCCAGCUGCUAGAGAAGGUGCAGGAGAAUGCCGAGUACAUCCGCAGCCGCCGCCAGGGGGCCUCCUUCGGCGUGGCUGACCAGCGUGCAGUGGAUACCUGGGAGAAGCAGACCCGAGAAGAAGGGACCCCUCUCACCAAGUACUACAGCCAGUGGCGGAAGCUGAGGGAGCGAGAGAUCCAGCUGGAGAUCAGUGGCAAAGAGCGGCUAGAAGACUUGAACUUCCCAGAGAUAAAGCGGCGGAAGGCGGGAGACCAUAAGAAUGAAGACAGAGUGGAAUUUAAGGACCUCUUUGAUCUGGACAGUGAUGAAGAUAGUGCCAUGGACUUCUCAGCGAGAGGGAUGCCUGGGUCCCUAAGAGCUUGGCAGAGGGUAGAGGAGGAAAAAGAGGAGGAAGAUGGCAGCCUCAGCAGCCAGGAGGAAAUCAGCAAUUCCAAGGAUGGAGGCCCAGACACAGAGGUGGGGCUGGACCUCGGGGAGCUGUGGCGGCUGGCCCAGGGACCAGAGGAUGAGUUGCAGGACCUACAGCUCUCUGAGGAGGACUGAGGGCUGCCAGCCUGGGGGGCCUGCGGGGACUGCCGUGCAGCGUUCCCACCUCACCAGGCAGCUGGGCUUGUGUCUUCUUGGCCAGCGCUGAACCCCAAGGCCAGGGACCGUGCAGUGGGGGGAGAGCAGUUGAUGGUGGACUGGGCUUUAUUUUUACAACAUGAAAGACCAGCAAGUACCGAGCCCUGUGCAGGUCCUUGGAGCGGUGGCUGUGGGGAGGGAGACCAGCACCGUGUGCACCGCAGUGCCAGGUUGGAAACAUCAGCCCCAUGAGGGACGCUGAUCCAGAGUGGGUCUCUGCCCUGACCUUUCACCCAAGGGCAGGAUCCUGAAAACCUCGCAGAAAGCCGUCCCAGUUCCAGAGGGAGCCAGCAAGCAUGGCCAGGGCCAGUAUGGCAUGAUGUGCCUUCUCUGCCUCCUUUGUCAGUCUUUGGUUUGUCUGCAGGUACCCAGGACACAGAGUCCCUGUGCCUGGGCUCAGGUUUGAGUCCCCAGGCUGUCUGCACCUGGCUUUACUCCCAGAGUUUCAGAAACUUGCUCUGAAGUCAACGUUCUCCUUUUAAAAAAAAUCUGUGUUUUUGCAUCCAAAA